GACUACAAACUGAACUAGGAACCGAACAGCUUUUCCACAACACAGAAGAAAGAGCACGCAAACUUUAUUGGUUGCCCGUGGCGGUAGAUAUUUUUAAAAAUGGUGCGCGUGUGUGCUUUUCCUGGAUGCUUCAAUCAAGAGAAAUCGCUGAGACUCCGUCAGUGGGCAUCGAUGCAGGAGGAAAGUUUGACUUUUCACACAUUGCCCCUAAAUGAUGUAAAGAGAUUGAAUCGGUGGCUACUCGCUCUUCGUCGAGAUAGUGGAUCACCCAUUCAGUCUGUCCGUGGAUUGAGGGUGUGCAGCGAACAUUUUUCACCAGACGAUUUCAGUGUAGCCAAAGGAAAUAAAAGACGACUGAAAUCAACAGCUGUACCUAAGCAGUUCGUGCGACAACGAACUAAGGCAUUGCCUAAGAUUAGGAGAGCAGUUAAGAGGGUUCAGCGAAUCGGUGCCCAAAUCAUCCCAAUGGCUCAGAACUGCAAUGCAUCCUCCACGCAGAAAGAUGGUGCUGUUACAGCAGCUAUUCUCAUCAUAGGAGAUGAGAUCCUCAAGGGUCACACUGUCGACACUAACAGUGGCUUCCUAUGCCGUGGACUUCGCAAGCUUGGUGUCACCAUAGAGCGCAUCACUGUGGUACCUGACGUCCAGGAAGUCAUCGCUAAAGAAGUGGCCCAGCUUUCGUCCUCCGUCACUCACCUCAUCACAUCUGGUGGCAUCGGUCCCACUCAUGACGAUGUCACUUUUGAAAGUGUUGCUAUGGCAUUUGACGAAAGUCUGCAUGCCCACCCUGAACUGACAAAGCUAGUGGAGGGAUUCUUUGGCACGGUCACUCCUGACAGCGCCCCCAUGAAACUUGCCAUGGUCCCCGUUUCUGCCAAACUCAAUUUUGGCAUAGACCCUCAGACAGGCCAGCGAAAUCGCUUCCCUCUAGUCAGUGUCCGCAACGUAUACAUAUUUCCUGGCAUCCCCUCUUUGCUGGAACGGUCGUUCAAUGGACUUACCCAUCUGUUUUCAGGUUCUGGUAUCACCUUUCACACCCGUGAGGUGUUUGUGGAUGCGGAUGAGACUGAGAUCGCCCGGAGUCUCACAAAACUGCAGGCAGGUUGGGGGAAGCGUGUCUCUCUGGGCUCUUACCCAGACUGGCUUAGUAAUUAUCAUCGUGUCCGACUGGUUCUGGACUCAGACAGUGCGGAGGAGGUGGAACGGGCACAAACUCAACUGAUAGAAGAGCUACCUAAUGGAUCUGUGGUUCCUCUCAUCACUGACUCGGUGUCAGUCGCAACUGAAGAGGUGUACUCGCUCUCAAAAAGUGAGACACUGCUGGGGAAGAAAGUAGCUGCAGCAUUGGGGAUCAUUGAGAUGGCGCUGGAUAAAUACUCUGCUGAUGAGCUCUGUGUUGGCUUCAACGGUGGCAAGGACUGCACAGCUCUACUGCAUUUAUAUUAUGCUGCUCUAAAACGGCGGUAUCCAGAUGGUAAAGACAGGUUGAAAGCUCUGUACAUUCGAAUUGUCUCUCCUUUUCCAGAAAUGGAGAGGUUUUUGCAAGAUACCAUUAAAAGAUAUGACCUGGAGCUGAUCUCAGUGGAGGGCAGUAUUCGGCAGGCUCUGAAUGAGGUCCGGGAAAGGAGGGCGGAUUUACGGGCCGUCCUGAUGGGAACAAGACGGACCGACCCUUAUUCGCAGACGCUGACACCCCUAUGUCCCACAGACCCGGGCUGGCCUGAUUACAUGAGGGUCAACCCACUUCUGGAAUGGACGUAUCAUGACAUCUGGGAGUUCCUGAGAACCCUGUAUGUGCCCUACUGUAUUCUGUAUGACAAAGGAUACACUUCUUUAGGCAGUAUGGAUAACACAUGCAGGAAUUCAUCUCUUAAAGUGGUGGAUGAGAAAGGUGUGACCCGCUACAAACCCGCCUACAAGCUGGAAAAUGAGGAGGAGGAACGCAACUCCAGGGCAUGACUGACUUCUCUAAACAAACUCGUCUUAAUAUUUUAAGAAGACACAAUGUACAACUGAAGACAUUUUGAAGAAGGAACAGAAUUGAAAUUCUUUCAGAUAAAGACUUCUUGAAAAACCUGUAGUUUGUGUAUAGAGUGUCCGUCCACUGAUGUAGCUCUAGGAAAGCGAUGUCACUAUGCUGUAUUUAAGAUGUAUUAAAACAGUAUCAUAGUG